GGAGGAAGCAGGGUCAUGGAAAUCCCCAAGUCUGCAUUGCUUAAGUCCCCUGAGAGCAGGUAUCUGAAAGCACCUGGUCGGAAGGAACCAUUCCUGUACAUCGGAGGUGCAGAACAGUCGUCAUCUGAGUCUUUGGCGACACUGAGAGUUUCUUUCGUUGGUGGGACCAUGUGGGCCCUGCUGGUGCUAACACUGACCCUGUGGGCCCCGGGGAGAGGGGAGGAGAACACCACAGGCACAGCCCUGGAGGACAAGCCUGUCAUAGCCAGGGGGAAACUGCUGGCUCCCAGCGUGGUUGGAUGAUCCAUAAAGAAGAUGCCUGAGCUUCACCACUUCCUGUUGGAACGCUGGGCAUUGUAUCACAACUUAGAGUAUGACUCAUCAGAGGAAAAGAACCCGCGCCUCAUCUUCUACGACGACAAGGACCAGGUUGUCAAGACUGUCCCUGUGAAAGAGAUGAAGGGCGACGAGAUCGGCAGCCUGCUGGACUCCCUGGGCUUCUACCGUAGGGAUGCAAAGGGAGAAGAGGUUCCUGAGGAGUUCCAGCACUUUCCGCUGCGCGCUCCGCGGGACGAGCUGUGAGGCCCCCCUGGUGGCCGGACCCUGCCGGUGCGGACGGCUGCAGAAUGACGAGCGGAGCCCCAAGGCUAGCAGGCCUGGCUCCGGUCUGAUAACAGGCAGCUCACCACACCACGGUCACCCUGGGUUCCACACACUCAUACUUCCGUCCGUCAAUAAAGUACUAGAAGCAAA